GUGGUGGUGCGGGCGGGGCGAGGAAGGCAGGCGGGUUAUGAGAGGAAUCGCCGCCAUCUUGCGAAGGGCGCGCUUAAACGCAGCCAUGCUGAGAAGGUCUCCUCGCACAUAAUUCUUCUCUUCCCAAGCCCCACUUUAUGAGGCUUUUUAUGCGGGGGGCUUGCUUCCGCCAGUUUGGGGGAGGUCAAAGGUUGCCGUCAUGCUACCCGUCUGUCAAGGCUCCUGCGUCUCUCUGGUCUCCGGGGAAGCAUUUAAUCCUUAUCUCUGGUGUUUUAACCCUGUUUAAGCCUUGACAGCAAGCCUUACAAGGAAGGAUAGAAACGGCGAUCGCCGGGAGCCAUCUUAGGAAGGUCGUUUCCGCAUCCCCGAGCCAAGGGAGGCUGCUCAGCGACCACUGGGAUGAGGUGUUCAAGCGCAAGAUCGUUAUGUAACUGUGGACUGAGGCUGCUGCCAUCUUGAGAAGGACUCCCCCCCCCACACUUCUUGGAAGGACCACCAUUUUGUAGCAUUGCGUUUCAUGGACUCUAUAGUCUAUAGAGUCCAUAGCUCACUCAUAACGGCAGCCAACUGACAGUUUGGAUGCUGGCUGGAGAAAAGAGGCUCUUCUCUUUGCACCAAUCCUUUACUCAUUCAUUACUGCUUGUGGAGGAGACCUGUGGUGCUUCAGGUUAAGAACAGUUUCAGGUUAAGAACGGACCUCCAGAACGAAUUAAGUACUUAACCCGACGUACCACUGUACUAAAUUGACCUCAUAGCCCCCAUGAGUGGGUCAGUAGCAGUGGUAAACCCUCCAAAAGGAACUGGCAUAAGGUUCCCUCAUAUCCCGUGUGUGUCAGUUGCUGUUCUUUAUCUUGGAAUGGGAAUAAGAGUUUCAACAGCAAUCUGUAGCAAGGAUAGGUUAAAAAUGAAUGAAUUGAAGUUUCUGAACCAAUAUGUGAAUAGGAACACAGCUGUCUCCUUUGAAAAUUGCACUUGCCUGAAUAGUCAGAUGCAGCUCUUCAAAAGAAUGUGCAUCCAAAAAUAAAUUUCUGCAAAUAAAUAUCGUGAAUGGAGUGGUAGAUGUUGAAAGAACAGCUAAGCAGACUCCACCAGGACAAUAACCACCAGCUCUUGGGUUGUGCCCUUUCCCUGGUGCACUGACCCUGCAAGGUUGCUUGGACUAAGCAGCCAAGCCCAGCAGUCUCUUCUCUGGUUGGCAUCAGAGUUGGAUGAUCCAUGGCUGCCCGGACUAUGCUGAGUUUCUGCUCUUCCCAGAUUGUGCUCCUCCUCCUGUUGCUGAGAGGUACCAAUAAAAAUUCUGCUCAACCAGCCUGCGGCCAGCCUGAAGUGAAGCACACCACUCGUUUAACUGGGUGGCAGGAAGCUGAUGAAGGGGAAUGGCCAUGGACCGUCAGCAUCCGAAGGAACAGGGUACAUGUGUGCGGUGGAAGCCUGAUCUCAUCUCAGUGGGUGGUGACAGCUGCCCAUUGCUUUGAUGGGCCACUGAAUGUACGUGAGUACAGAGUAAACGUGGGGGAAUAUGAGCUCACUGCACCCUCAGCUGCCAUGUUCUCAUCCAAUGUCAACAAGAUCAUAAUACACCCGUUUUAUGCUGGAGUUGGCCUUAGUGCCGAUAUUGCUCUGGUGCAGCUGGCAAAUGCAGUGCGUUUCUCCAAAAUGAUUAUGCCUGUCUGCCUCCCAAAUACUUUUCAACCUUUUGUCUUCUACGGAGGGAUGAUGUGCUGGAUUGCUGGCUGGGGCGUCCCCUUUAAAGGAGCCUCCCUAGUCACUCAGACCCUACAGAAGGUGGAAGUGCUGAUCAUAGAAGCUGAAGACUGCAACGGAGUCUAUCACAACAUAAGUAGUGACAAGACCAUCCCCAAGGGCUACAGGUUCAUCUAUGAUGACAUGAUCUGUGCUGGGUAUUCAGAAGUUGGGAAGCAUGCCUGCUUUGGCGACUCAGGAGGACCUCUAGUCUGUCAGCAGAAUGAUAUCUGGUUCCUGACGGGAGUUAGCAUAACAUUUGGUUGUGUGGAGAGCUCUCAACCCGGCAUCUACACCCUAGUCACCUCCUUCAUGGACUGGAUUGAAGACACCACACAUGAGAAAUUGGCAGCCACUGAUGUCCAUACCAGUUUGGCUACCCUCUUGAUUCCACUCCUUCUCCUGGCCUUAACCAAUGUCCUUUUGUGACCCACCCUACCUUCUCCCAAUGUGUUUCACUGUGGCCAUCUUGCUUUGGCGUGCAAGUUGGCCUGUCCUCAGAGAAAGCUUGGAAGGUCUGAAUGCUGACCCUCGAAGACUGAGCUUCUACUGGGGGACAAAUCUGUGUAUUUCCUUCUUCCUUACCUUGUUUUGCUCAACUGAUGAGAAGCGACUGAGCUAGAUUUGAAAAAUAAAAUGUCUGGAAAUGUAA